GCCUUCCCCGCGGGCGGACGCGGCAGCGCCUCUGCCUCGCUUUUUCUUAUUUUUUUCCCCCUUUCCCCUUUCUUUUUUUUUUUUUUUUCCCCUCCCCCCCUUUCACCAUUUCCCCUCUGAGGCGCUUUCCCCGGGCAGGGGCAGAGCCGGUCUCACCCCCCGCCUCUCCCCGGCCCCCGCCGCCCUAUGGCGAGAGGGAGCCCCCUCCCCACCCGGGCUCGAGCGGCCGCGGCCUCAGGCCGGGGGUCAUCAUGGAACUAAUUCGCUGACGAACCCAGAGGCCGCAGCCGUGCGUCCCGCUCGAGCGCUAGCGCCCGCGUCCCCCGGCUCGCUUCCGCCUCUUCUCCCUCCUCAGUCGGCUCCGUCGUCCCGCGCGCACCGCCGCCGCGCGUCGAGGAGAAUGAGGUGGUAACGGGCCCCCGGAUGACCCCACGUCACCAUUGUGAGGCCUACAGCUCUGCCGGGGAGGAGGAGGAGGAGGAAGAGGAGGAGAAGAAUGUUUCUCCAUCCCAGAGAGAUGAAGUAAUUCAAUGGCUGGCCAAACUCAAGUACCAAUUCAACCUUUACCCAGAAACAUUUGCUCUGGCUAGCAGUCUUUUGGACAGGUUUUUAGCUACUGUAAAGGCUCAUCCAAAAUACUUGAGUUGUAUUGCCAUCAGCUGUUUUUUCCUAGCUGCCAAGACUGUUGAGGAAGAUGAGAGAAUUCCAGUACUGAAAGUAUUGGCAAGAGACAGUUUCUGUGGAUGUUCCUCAUCUGAAAUUUUGAGAAUGGAGAGAAUUAUUCUGGAUAAGUUGAAUUGGGAUCUUCACACAGCCACACCAUUGGAUUUUCUUCAUAUUUUCCAUGCCAUUGCAGUGUCAACUAGGCCUCAGUUACUUUUCAGUUUGCCCAAAUUGAGCCCAUCUCAACAUUUGGCAGUCCUUACCAAGCAACUACUUCACUGUAUGGCCUGCAACCAACUUCUGCAAUUCAGAGGAUCCAUGCUUGCUCUAGCCAUGGUUAGUCUGGAAAUGGAGAAACUCAUUCCUGAUUGGCUUUCUCUUACAAUUGAACUACUUCAGAAAGCAGGCCCAGACUUCUCCAAGGACAACAGCAAGCCAGAAGUGCCAGUCAGAGGUACAGCAGCCUUUUACCAUCAUCUCCCAGCUGCCAAUGGGUGCAUGCAGAUCUCUGCUAAACGCAAAGUUGAGGAAAUGGAAGUGGAUGACUUCUAUGAUGGAAUCAAACGGCUCUAUAAUGAAGAUAAUGUUUCAGAAAAUGUGGGUUCUGUGUGUGGCACUGAUAUAUCAAGACAGGAGGGACAUGCUUCUCCUUGUCCACCUUUGCAGCCUGUUUCUGUCAUGUAGUUUCAACAAGAGUUACGUUUGAGUGUAAACUAAGACACUCUGGGAAUGAGAACGUGGGAAAUGAGGAAAGGCUGUAGAAGGAAAUAUACCUUAACAGGCUGAUUUGGAGUAAGCCAGAAAAAAAAAAAAAAAACAAAAAACAAAAAAACCUCUCAUUAUUUGUGUGGCUAAUUAUAAUUCAACAUUAUUUAAGCACAUAAAGACCAAAAAAAAAAAAAAAAUUCCAAAAGAUCCACACGUUUUUUUAAACUUAAAAAAUCACUUAGUAGUAUGUCAGUUGCACUUUUUUUCUGCCAUAAUGUAACGUAGCUUGCCCCGUCAAAAAUUCAGUUAAAAUUCAUAGCCAGCAAACCUGUUCCCCCUCAGCAUCCUGAUUUAAUCUUCCCAUUGCUUUUGCUUGCUUCUCCAUCUAAUAGUUAGUGACCUUUAUGCAUGGUGAUCUGUAUUCUGAUUUUCACUGAAUAGGAAACCCCAAAAUUAUUUUUUAGCAAUUGAAUGAACAAAUUAUUUUGGUGUGACAGCCAUGAUUCAAGUUCCAAUUAGUUUGAAAAGGGUACUUUGGAAUUGUCCCAUAUUAAUAAGAGAGAGCAACAGAAAAAGAUCACAUAUUACCAAACUGACUCAUUUCAAAUUUUAAUUUAAAAUUAUGGUUUUCAUUUUUGUUUACCUUAAAGUGAUGCUUAAAAGUUGCAUGUAAUUCAAACACUUAGAUUUGUUGAAAGCAUUUUUGAUAUUUGUAUAAAAGAUUUGCGAUAAAGUUAAUACAUCCUGGUGCUCACCAAAGAAACAUGUAUGUAACAACUGAAAUUAGAUUUUUGUAACUGAUUAGUUUUCACUCAUUUAUAAUCAGUAUGAGAGACUGUCUAGAUGUUGGGGCAGCGCUGUGAUUUGAGUCUGUAACAUGUCAUAACUAAAUUAGGUACCCUGGUUUUAUGUUAAGCUGUUAGAACUUACUCCCCCUACCUCCCCAGCCUACCUAUAUCUCUUAAUGACUUCUGGAUCCUGAGCUCCCUUUGCAGUCUGAAAAAGGUAUUGCAGUCAGAACUGUGUACUGAUGAUAAAAGCCUCUGGUAGCAAUAAAAAGUUGUCCUUAAAAAAAA